CACUCAUCACUUAGAAAAAAAACUUUACAUGGCACACAACACAUCAUCUGAUUCUGAUAAUGAAAUUUCUGCAACAAGAACUAAUCUCUUCCAACAUGAAAAACCUGUACAUGAAAUUCUUGGAGGAGGAAAAGUGGCAGAUAUAUUAUUAUGGAGGAACAGAAAUGAAUCUGCUGCACUUUUCCUUGGGAUGACAGUUAUAUGGUUUCUAUUCGAGAUCCUCGAGUACAAUUUUGUGACGGUCAUUUCUCGUUUUUCCAUCACCAUAAUGCUUGGACUAUUCAUUUGGUUCAAAGUUGCUGAUAUAUUAAAAUGGAAAGAACCUCAGAUACCAGAAAUUAUUUUGCAAGAGUCUUUCCUAGAGAAUCUUGCUUUCAGCCUUGACAAACUAUUCAACCAGUUAUUACCAAUGAUUUUCCAUAUUUCAUGUGGAAGAGACCUACCACUCUUUCUUAUGAUCAUUGUUUUCCUCUAUAUAGUCUCGGUGAUCGGAAGCUACUUCAGUUUUAUUAAUCUUUUAUACAUUGGCUUUGUCUUCUUGCAAACAUUGCCGCUUGUGUUUGAACGAUACGACGAAGAAAUUAACAUUCUGUUUGAAGAUAUCAUGUUGGUACUCAAGAAAAUUUAUAGGAAGUUUGAAAAGAAUUAUCUUAAGAAAAUUCCUAGAGGACCAAUGAAGGACAAAAAAGUUCAAUGAUUUACUUCCAAGAACAAAACUAAUAACUGAUAUGACAGAUAUGUAGUGAAGGUCAUCACCAA